AUGGCGAAUCCAAACCAACUGUACCUGCUAGCCGACCACAUCAAGCUGUCGCUCCUUGAGCGUCAGCGUGUGCAGAAGCUUGCGGUCGAAGACGGGCCGCAAGACGCACACAUCUUGCGAUCUCUCGACCAGUUUCGCGAUGGCCUGGAAUCCCUUGAAGAGGAAAUGACUCGGCUGGAGCGGGAAGGGGACGCCGCAGCUGCCUCUGAUAUUGCCGACUCCAUCCCUUCUCUUCGGAAGCAAUUUGACCAUCUGACGUCUCAGUUCCACGGCUUCACCGACCGGUCCGUCAUGGCGACAGUAGCAGCCCCCAAUUCGGACUCGCUAGCAUCCAUCUUUACCCACGCAGCAUCAUCAGAAGUACCAAAGACGAAGAAGAACAGUGUUGGUGAUGGAGGUAGCAAGUCUGUCCGCUUCAGUGACGCGCCCUCAUCCCCAUCGCAGGAUCUGUUCGGCGCCUACCGCGACAACCCGGCCAGUGACAGUAUGGGCUACCAGGACGCCGCCGGCACCAUGGACAACCAGCAGUUACACCAAUACCACUCGCAGAUUCUCGACGAUCAGGACGAGCAGCUCGACCGCCUGGGUGAGUCUAUUGGCCGCCAGCGCGAGCUUAGCAUGCAGAUUGGGAAUGAGCUGGAGGACCACAUCGCUAUGCUCGACGAGGUUGAGAGCGCCACAGACCGACACCAGAAUCGCAUCGACCGUGCUGGCAGGGCCCUCGGCAAGGUUGCCAGGAGUGCAAAUGACAACAAACAAAUCACUGCCAUCGUUGUUCUCAUCAUUAUCCUCGUCCUGCUCAUCGCCAUCCUCAAGUAA